UCGUCAAGUACUGACAUUGUUCUGUACUUCAUGGCAAUCUUGUUGCCGCCGCUGCCUGUGUUCAUGAAGCGUGGAUGUGAAAUAGAUCUAUGGAUCAACAUUAUUCUCUGCAUCUUUGCCUGGAUACCGGGGAUAAUCCACGCUUGGUCUGUA